UGGGGGCACCAGUCGUGCUCCCCUUCCUUUUUAUCUUGGCGACUCAGGUACUCCAGUGGCUGAAAAUUUGCAGGACAUUAAUCAAAGCCGAUGCCCUAUCUCGCUUUGCCAACCAUCUUCCACAAAAGAAAAGAUGAUUUUGGAAUUGUCUUUGUAAAGGGAGAUCUCGUGGGAACAUCAUCAGUCACACCAAAAGAUUCUCCUCGCACUCGCCUUUGCUUCCGGUGAUGCGGUUGUUGAUUUCCGUGCUUGGUUUCUUAAUCACAUCAGGAGGAAUCGGCAUCUCCGAUAGGUGGUUUCGUGCCGAAUCUGCUGAUAUAUUAUGUGAAACCCACCAAUGGAAGUCAUGUUUCUGGAGAAAUGAUAUGAAGCGUAGGGUCCUAGCUUCGCACAUGGAAAGAUCAGCUGAGGUAGCUCCUAGUAAAGAACAAGCACAGAGCCUAUCGAGAAUCGAAAUCAAGAAGAAGAAACAAGCUUCUCAUUUUGCUCGAUCUACUGCCAAAUAUAUCAAUGAUAAGCUCGGUGCGGGACUAGAAAUGAAGCGGUAACUAAGAGCUGCAUCCAAAGUUAGGCCUCGACCGGUAAAAUGCAGAAUUGUGAAGCUGGUUGAGGACCUGUAGCGGCUGCUAGAAGCAGGGUGCGUCCUUCCCGGUCCUCUCGUACUAGGGAAAGGUUCUUUCUCGAUUCUUCACAUCGAGAAGCACAGAAUCUAGACAAAUGGCGAAAUGGGCAUCUUGCGUGCCUGGCCUGCCUGCCUGCCAUAACUUCUUCUGACCAAAGAGAAAAAAUGCGAUAAGAGAAAAGGAAAUAUUCCCGCUAGCUUUACAGCCCUCCAAAUAUUCCCGUUGCAGCUGCUUUUUCUUCUUUCCCACUAUAAAAGGCAAGAAUUCUUCUGAGCUGCACCCCCAAGAAACGCCUGCUAAACAUCCAAGCUAAGCUCUGUGAGAUGAGCACUUGCAAACAGCUGGAUGUUAAAACCGACGAUCAUGCUCCCAAAAAGUGGUCGGUCGCGUUGAACGAUGACGUGUUCAAGCAGUUCUUCAGCCAGGGCAGUCCGGUGGUCCACGGGGUUUUCGGCGACGGCUCGCUGUUUAGCCCCUUUUUGUUCGGGAAAUUCUUUGAUCCAUGUGAUGCUUUCCCUCUGUGGGACUUCGAUUCGGAUGCGCUCUUGUCCAAACUUCGCAGUUGCGGCCAGACCACCGUCGAAUGGUUUCAGACCGAUAAUGAUUACGUGUUGAAAUCGGAAAUUCCAGCAGUUUUAGGGGAAAACGGUGUCCAGAUUUAUACUGAUAAUGGAAAGGUGGUGGAAAUUAGUGGGCAAUGGAAGCCACACAGAGAGUCCAAGACCAAGGAUUGGAGAUGUGGGCGCUGGUGGGAACAUGGAUACGUGAGGAGGCUUGAGCUGCCAGAUGAUGCAGAUUGGAGGAAAUUAGAGGCAAAGCUGAGCAGUGAGAAGUAUCUAGAAAUCAGAAUCCCGAAAGCCAAUUUGCAUUCCGACAACGUGCAGGGAAAGAACGGGGUGGCGGGAUGUAGCUGAACUGAUUCAAAGUACUAAUUGAAGUGUGCUGCCUCUGUAACAAAAAAAUAUGUAUGACUACAAUCACAUUGCAUAACACGGAUUAUGACUAACACCCCUAUAAGGGGUGUUACCAUAAGGUCUGGUUGAUGCGUGUUUUUUAGGUUUGACCUUUUUCACUAACACUAUUGGCGUCCUGUUUCAGUCAAGGGAUGUAUAGACUGAAUACCAACAAAUAAUGCGGGAUGUAGUGCUGGAAA